AUGGCAAACACUCACCAACCUUUGCUAGACAUUCCCAAGAAAAGAUCUGGUUUCAAAGUUCUUUAUGUAGUUUUAUCCUUAGCAGCUAUCUUAGGCGCAAUUUCUAUAGUUUCUGUUACAAUUCUCAGUAGCAGCCAGACUUCAACUUCUUCCCUGAGAGGAGGACACCUCUGCAGCCAUGCUCAUGAUCAAUCUUCCUGCUUGCAAGCGGUGUCUGAGGUAGCUUCAUCUGGCCAAUCCAGUGACGUUGACCUACUUCAGAUGAUCUUAGCAAAAUCAUCAGCGCAGAUACAAGAAACUAUCAAGUUGACUGACAGCAUCAACCGUCGGAUCAAUGAUCAAAGGGCGCAAGCUGCUCUAGCAGAUUGCUUGGAGUUGAUGGACAUGUCUGUGGACAGAUUGAUGGACUCCAUGGUUGCUCUCGGAAGCCAAACGGCCGAAUCCCAAUCCGAUGCUCAUUCGUGGCUUAGUAGCGUUCUCACUAACCACGUUACUUGCCUGGAUGGGCUCAAUGGGCCGGCCCGUUCCGUAGUGGAGCCCAUGAUGAAAGACUUGAUUUUGAAAGCAAGAACUUCCCUGGCCAUGGUGGUUGCAAUUGCACCACCAAAGGAAGAGAUGAUUGAACAACCGCUCAAUGGAGACCUGCCCUCGUGGGUCACCAGCAAGGAUAGAAGGCUUUUAGAAGCUUUGCCCAAGGACAUUAAGGCUAAUUCUGUGGUGGCAAAGGAUGGUAGUGGAAAUUACAAGACCGUCCAAGAAGCUGUUAAUGCAGCCCCAAAUAAUCCCCAGAGCCGAUAUGUCAUUUAUGUGAAAGCAGGGACUUACAAGGAAAAAGUUGAUAUUGGGAAGAACAAGAAGAAUCUAAUGCUGGUUGGUGAUGGCAUGGAUAAAACCAUUAUCACAGGCAGCUUGAACGUUGUGGAUGGAUCAACCACCUUUAACUCUGCAACUGUUGCUGCCGUUGCCGAUGGAUUCAUAGCUCAAGAUCUAGGGUUUCAAAACACUGCUGGGCCACAGAAACACCAGGCCGUUGCACUUCGCGUUGGAGCUGACAAAUCGGUCAUAAAUCGCUGCAAGAUAGAUGCAUUCCAAGAUACACUCUACACCCACAGCCUCCGCCAAUUCUUCAGAGAUUGCUACAUCACAGGAACGGUGGACUUCAUCUUCGGCGAUGCUGCAGUGGUCUUCCAAAACUCCAAACUUGCCGCUCGAAAGCCCAUGAGUAAUCAACAAAAUAUGGUAACGGCCCAAGGUCGGGUUGACCCGAAUUCGAACACCGGGACUUCAAUCCAGAAUUGUGAUAUAAUCCCAAGCUCGGAUCUUGCGCCCGUAAAGGGAUCAAUAAAAACUUACUUGGGCCGUCCAUGGAAAGAGUACUCGAGGACUGUUGUAAUGCAAUCAAAUAUUGACAACCAUAUUGUUCCAGAGGGCUGGUCAGUUUGGAGUGGUGACUUUGCUUUGAAGACUUUGUACUAUGGCGAAUACCAAAAUAGAGGCCCAGGCGCUGGGACCAGCGGCAGGGUCAAGUGGCCUGGUUAUCAUGUGAUCACCAGUGCAACUGAGGCAAGCAAAUUCACGGUGGCCCAGCUCAUUCAAGGUGGCCAAUGGUUGAAGAAUACCGGAGUGGCCUACACGGAGGGGCUCUGAUUACACUAAUUGCCCUCUUCAAUCAAUUCCACUGUUUUGUUGAAGUUGUACUGAGAAAUGCUUGGUUUGCACUGGUUUUUUUUUUUUUUUUGAGUGGGUGAGAGGUUUUGAACCAAGACAUUGUUACUUAUAAUUUCUCCCGCUUUAUCAUCCAACCUAACCCUUUUCCUUGCUUGGUUU